AUGAAAGCUCUUCCCGAAGUAGCAAACAUGUGGCCUGUCCAGCUCUUACCACGCCCCUCAGCUGCCAUAGACGUGGCAUCUGCAAAGGGCCUCGGAAGUCUUUCUGAAGCCACUGCAGGUCACGUUGCGAAGCGGCAAAAUAGCAGCAGCGGUUUGGAUUACAAUACGCCUCAUGCCAUGACUGGAGUUGAUCGCUUGCAUAGCGCUGGAAUCAAGGGUAAAGGAAUCAAGAUUGGUAUUUUGGAUACCGGCGUUGACUACCAUCAUCCUGCUCUCGGCGGUUGCUUCGGUCCCGGCUGCAAGAUCUCUUUUGGGUACGACUUGGUUGGUGAAAAUUACACUGGAUCCAACACUCCUGUACCCGAUGAUGAUCCUUUGGCCACCUGUGCCACUGGAGGUCACGGAACCCACGUCUCUGGCAUCAUUGGAAUGGAGGUUCCAGACGACUAUCCACGGUUUAAUGGGCUGGUUGGUGUUGCCCCUGAGGCGACUAUUGGGAUGUAUCGCGUCUUUGGCUGUACCGGUGGGGUAGGCUCCGAUGUCCUUGUUGCCGGUAUGGUGCGUGCUGCUAAUGAUGGCGUGGAUGUCAUCAGCAUUUCCAUAGGCGGGUUUUCACCCGUGGGAAAUUCCCCGCGCGAUCCUUAUCACACUCUCAUCCAAUCUCUCACUGACCGUGGGAUUGCCGUGGUGGUGGCUGCUGGUAAUGACGGCGCUACUAGCCCCUUUUCGAUCGAGGCCCCUGGGAAUAGUCCCGCCGCAAUUGCCGUUGGGUCGGUAGAGAACACUCACUUCCAGGUUUUUGAUUUGGUAGAUUCCAACGGGGAAGUCAUUCAUUAUGGAAGUGUAUUCCCAUUUCCUCUCAACAAGACCCUCCGGGCCAUCCUCGUCGGAGAUGGAAGUGAGCAGGGUGAUUUUGGUUGCAGAGCCCUCGACUUUGACGCUAUUCAGGGAAAUGUCACCGGAAGUAAGGAUGAUUACGUCGUUAUUGUAAAGCGUGGGCUUUGCGGAUUUGCCAUGAUCCAGACAAAUGCUGCUAAUACUGGAUUCCGCAAUGUUUUGACGUACCCGGACACCGAAGUUCUUGGCAAUCCUUUCCUUCUGGGCUAUGCCGCAACCACCCCCGCCACCGAUGGCAACGGUAUGCCCUUAAACUUGGGCACCACAACAAGCGACAAAAUCUACGUAGGAGCAAAGAACUCAACAGACUAUACCGUGAAGUUCAGUGAUGCCACUCCCAGUUUAGUGACGCAAACUUGGGGUGGACAGAUGAACAAUUUCAGCAGCGCGGGUCCGGUAUGGGAUUUCAGCUUCAAACCUCAAAUUGCCGCUCCUGGUGGCCAAAUUCUGUCAAGCUGGCCCCUUUCUGCUCAGGGAUGGGCUAUCGUUAGCGGCACUUCCAUGGCUACUCCGUAUCUUGCAGGGUGUUAUGCCUUAGUCAAAUCACAGCUCCCCGAGUUAUCAGUAACUGAAAUACUCACGCGCCUGCAAACAACCGCAAAGCCCCUGACUCGAGCUACGCGAAGCGACCUUUCUCCAACAGUACAUCAAGGUGCAGGAUUGGUCGAAGCUUACGAUGCGAUAUUCUUUCAGUCCUUCGCCUCUCCUGGUCAAUUCCAACUUGGACCUAAUGAGAUCCUUGCCAAGUCUCAACCCUACGUUACCAUAAGCAACCCUUCCAGCAAAGAUGUAGAGUAUACGCUCACACAUUCGUCCACUCCCGGCAUGGCACAUUUCCCGUAUCCAGACGUACCGAACAACCAGGGCUUUUAUAAUCUUGCUUAUCAGCGACUAGACUCGCUACCUUUUGCCGCAGCAGUCGAGUUUCCUGGAGGGUCUACCGUUACAGUUCCAGCGGGAGGUAGCCGAAAGGUUCCUCUCAAUAUCCAACCACCACAGGACCUUAACCCACUCACAAUUCCUAUAUACACUGGUUUUAUAUCUGUAUCGUCUACCCAGAACGAGCAGUUCUCCAUCCCAUAUAUGGGCGUUGGCUACAAUUAUUCAGCCGCUCCGACUUUAGGAACGGUGCCAGUGCCACGUAACAUAAAUGAUUUUGCGAAUUACUCGGCGUUGGGAGCUCCUCAGGUAUUCGACAAUACAAGCAACGGUAUCGGUAACUAUAUCAGGACCGAUCCCAGGUCGCUAGGCAUUCUCUAUUCUACCUUACAACCCGUAUACAUGUCACGAAUGGACCUGGUCCGCGCAGAGAUUGACUUCAAACCGACCUACUACGGCUUCGACCCGAGCGUGCCUGUGAACUACACCAAGACCGCGACGCCCACCAACAGCACCAUAGCCGGUGUAGAGAUUUUGGGCAACAUUGUCAUCGAUCUUGCUAACGCACCGUACCUAUCUUUGAUAGAGUCGUGGCCAGACCCUCCCCUAUACGACGCCGAUACAUCCUUGUACUCGAUCCCGAUGUUGAAGGGUGGCUACCGUCUCUUAAUUCAGCAAUUGAGAUAUGGAGGUGAUUUUGAUAAACGGGAGGAUUGGACAAGCUGGCUCAGUGGGGUGAUUGAUGUUCCGACAGAUAUCGCCUAA